GCCGUUCCCAUCAUCAUCUUUUUUCAACUGCGUGUCUUCUUCGUCGUCCAUCUCCGGAGGAGGCAGCCCGGUCCACCGUUCCAAUCCCCAUCCUCAGAUAGAGAUAGAGAGGGAGAGAGAGAGAGAGACAGAGACAGAGAGACAGAGAGACAGAGCGACCGUCAAUGAACGUUGUUGCGAGUUGGGUAGGUGGUGGGUGUGGAUUUUUCGCAGUCUUUUUCCCCUCGUUAGGUGCGCCUGAGACUUGACCAGAGAAUUGAUUUUUUUAACUUUCGGGUUCUGUCGUCCGCCUCGUUCCGUGGCCUCCCCAUGAUUUUUGAUCCCGCUCGAAACGUGAAAACGUAUUAAAAAAGACACCUUUGUCCUCUUCUUCUUCGUCUUCGAUCCUCUGUUCACAUAGAUAGAUAGAAAGAAAGAAAGGAAACGGUGGGGGGCUUUGGUUUUUUACUGCUAGGCAGUCUCCGUUUUUAUGGUCUCGGGUCGAUUCCUGCUCCGCCCCCCUCUUCGUUCUUGUUGACCCGGGGUCCUGUCACGUCGCAUUUUCCCGUUUACGUACGCAUAUAAAAUUAUAAAACCGGGAAGCGACUUGGCAAGUUCUUGUUUUUUUGGUAGUUUCAAGGGAGACCCGAUUCGUCUUACUCUUCCGUGCUCGAUAUGAAAUCUGCAUCGAGGGCGUUCUUGCUGUCAAAGGAGGCUCCCGCUCGUCCGUUCUUGUUUCGGUCAAAUAGUCAAACGGGUGGUGGGUUCGUUCGCAUUCGUGGGUGAAAAUUCAUUUCACUGCGGAUUCUUCCCUGUCCCUGACCAGCAGUCCAUCUUCGUCUCCUCUUGAAUUGGGUCUUUUGUCUCUUCUUUCCGGUUGCGAGUUACCGACGGAAAGAUCUCGCCUUCUGUCUAAUCGCCCUUUGGGUUUCAUACGUGAUCUUGCUUUGCCCGUAUUGAUUUUGUCGGUCUAUGCGAUAUAUCUGGUUCUGGGGGGAUAUUCAGAGUUCCGGAAUCUGUCUUUUUAUUUUAUUUUAUUCUCUUUUCUUGUUUGCCCAUCUGAAAGCUUUGAGGUAUGAAAGGGAGAAGCGAUUUGAUGGGGUGUUCGUUUGUGUUGAACACUGGAGCGAGAAUUCCGGCUAUUGGGUUGGGUACAUGGCAGAGCGGCGGUGACCUUUGCGUCGAAGCUGUAAAGAUGGCAUUGUCGGUGGGGUACCGACACAUCGAUUGCGCUCAUCUUUAUGGUAAUGAGAUCGAAGUUGGAGAUGCAUUGGCUGAAGCUUUUAAAGGCUCUUCACUGAAGAGAGAGGAUCUUUUCUUGACAUCCAAGCUGUACUGUAGCAUGAAUUCCACCAAUAAGAUUGAGAAUUAUGUUAGAGUAUCUCUCAAGAAUUUAGGAGUUUCGUACUUAGAUCUAUACCUUAUGCACUGGCCAGAUAACUCAGCAUUCGGUGAUGCAACUGAUCCGCCUCUGAAGUUGGGAAGUGAGCAUAAGCAGUUUCUCAGUAGGUUGAAGAAAUCGUGGAAAGCCAUGGAAGGUCUGGUUGAGUUAGGUCUUGUUAGGGCCAUCGGUGUCAGCAACUUCAACGUUCAACAGAUCAAAGAACUGCUUAAGUUUGCCAAAAUUGUUCCUGCAGUCAAUCAGGUGGAGCUGCAUCCAUUCUGGAGGCAAGAUGAACUUGUAAAAUUUUGUCAGUUAAAAGGCAUCCAUGUAUCUGCUCACACACCUCUUGGUGUACCCAGUUCAAGUCCUGCACCAUCAGAUAGCGGAUCGGGCGGGGAAGAUGAACCUGGAACUCCCCGCAUAUGUUUUAGGAGAUCAAGGUCGGUGCAUGGGCCUAUGCUCAAGCUGUCCGUUGUAGCAGAAAUAGCAAAUAGACACAAAAAGACUCCUGAGCAGGUUAUUUUGCGAUGGGGACUGCAAAGAGGAACUAGUGUCCUGCCCUGUAGCUUGAAUGCCGACCGGAUAAGGAAGAACAUCGACAUUUUCAAUUGGUCACUUUCCGAAAGCGAGUGGAAUCGCCUGAACCAAAUCCAACCGCAGGUGUGCUUAUUUGGGAACGGACUUACGAACAACCUCUUAGACAGCAGCUUUCUUCCUGGGAGUGUUCCUCUUCAGUCAGUGCGGGAGAUGGAAGAUGAUGUGGAAUCGAAUGUUUGAUGUAAUCAGUGGUUAUGAUCGUUUGAUUUGUUUUUUUUUUUUUUUUUUGGUAAGGUUCCGUUUGAUUUGUUUAUGUCAUGUAAAAACAAAAGAAUGUUGUUUUCUUAUUCUGUCAAAUUAGAUGCCAGAGGGUAAAUGUUAGAGACUGAGAUUUUUCCAAAAAUGGUGUAAUACAGGAAGAAUUUUCAUCUACUCAUGAAGCAUCUGGCAGACAUGAUGGAAACAUGUAAUGGUAGGACAGUCUUUGAACUCUUAUUUUUGAACCUUCUGAAUUCUCUGCAAUUUAUAGUCGGGAA